UUGUGCUCAAUAAAAAAUAAAAAUAUUUUCUCACCUCAAAUAUAAAAAUCAGCUUUCGAGGUGCCGCCAUCUAUCUGCUUGAUAACUCGCAGAUCUCGCAUCAGCUAUUUCUGCAUUGGGAUCGUUGAAAUUAUUAUGGCUGCGUGGCAUUAAAAUAUAUUGACAAACGAUAACUAAACGAUAGAUGGCGCAACAUGUAAACCAUACUUCAUAAACUAUGGGCGCGAUCUUUUAUUCAGCAAUGGAUCCAUCUGCUGCCAGCAUUAUGAGACAGACAUUCCAAUUUUCUAGGAGUUAGACAAAGAAAGGCUGAUUACCGAUGGAUCCACCGCUGAAUAAAAGAUAGCGCCCUAUUUGUUUACUCAACUCAACUCGAAAUUAAUUGUUUAUAAAAUUAUUGGUGUACGUGCGUGUGGAUGUUGGGAUUCAGAUUAUUUGAGAAUGGUUUCAUGAUAAAUGCUAAAAAUACAUUUCUGCGACAAACAGAAUAAUAACGUCACGUCGCUCACGCUGUGUCGAUGCAAGCAGCAAGGCAGCAAUGCUAGGUAGUUCCUUCGUAAUGCGCAAACUCGUCUAAGAUGGCUAGCAUGGAAGGAAACUCCCGCUCCGCCGAUCAAUAUUAUCCUAUACUUGAUGUGACGUAAAUGAAACAUGAAACGCCAUGAUGUUGAUUAAAUAUUUUAUCCCUGCAAAAAUGUGAUUUAUAGUGAGUUAAAUGUGCUGAGUGCGAUAUUUUGUAGUGUUUUUUGAAAAUCUGCGGUCAAAAGGCCGUUUUUCCAAUAAAUGCUCUCGAUACACGCAGGGAAUCCUUUCCAUGGUUGAGUUGAGACCCCAAACUCUAACAUGAACACUAACGGAAGUUCAAGCAAUGGAGCUGAUCAUAUCACCAUGGUUGUGGGCUCUCCGUCUGGAAUGUCAAUGCAGUCAGAUGAUGAUGAUGAUCAGUGUCCUUCUUCUCCUGGGUCCGUUUAUGAGAGUAAUGCUGACCUUAUGGCUGCAGCCAUGGGAGAUGAAGUUACAGCACAGUUGGCAGCUGCAGGACCAGUAGGGGUAGCAGCUGCUGCUGCAAUUGUAUCAUCAAAAAAACGAAAGAGGCCCCACUCUUUUGAAACUAAUCCCUCGAUAAGGAAACGUCAACAAAAUAGACUAUUGCGAAAAUUAAGACAAACAAUUGACGAAUUUGCCACAAGAGUGGGUCAACAAGCAAUUGUAUUAGUUGCAACUCCUGGUAAGCCAAAUACAAGCUAUAAGGUUUUUGGAGCAAAACCCCUUGAAGAUGUAAUAAAAAAUUUGAAAGUCAGUAUAAUGGAGGAGUUGGAGAAUGCUCUGGCGCAUCAGGCUCCUCCGCCAAUCCAAGAUGAUCCCACUCUCUUUGAGCUACCGCCACUAAUAAUAGAUGGAAUACCGACUCCAGUAGAAAAAAUGACUCAAGCGCAGUUAAGAGCUUUUAUACCACUUAUGUUAAAAUAUUCUACAGGACGUGGUAAACCUGGUUGGGGAAGGGAAUCUACACGACCUCCUUGGUGGCCUAAAGAACUACCAUGGGCUAAUGUUCGAAUGGAUGCAAGGAGUGAUGACGAAAAACAAAAAAUUUCGUGGACACAUGCGCUUAGGCAAAUUGUCAUAAAUUGCUAUAAAUUCCAUGGUAGAGAAGACCUGCUGCCAGCAUUUACUGAAGAAGAUGAAAAGGCUAAUGCUGCUGCAACAUCAAAUGCCAAUUGUAAUUCUGUGGGUGUGCUGAAAAUGCACUCCUCCGGCGUACCCACCCACAAGAUUCAGAUCCAAGCUAAUGGGUCACCUCAAAUUAUUGCUGCCUCACCUGAAGGACUCUCAGGAUCAUCCGCACAAGUUUGCCUCGAUCCGGGAGGCUACAGUUCAGACGUGGAUAUCACAACACAUUAUACACCAACAGUACUGCACACAAUUACCAACCCUGAUGGUACUGUUAGUAUUGUUCAAGUUGAUCCAAAUAAUCCUAUCAUAACACUACCAGAUGGUACUACCGCUCAUGUACAAGGAAUGGCGACGCUGCAAUCUAGUAAUGGGGAUGGUACGCACACCAUCCAAACUAUAAGUGAAGGAGGUUCACAGGGAGAAGUGGUAGACCUUAACACUGUUACUGAAGCCACCCUAAAUUCUGAUGGACAAAUCAUUUUAACUGCUGAAGAUGGACAUGCUACCCUAAAUGAAGGUCAAAUUAUUUUGACUGGUGAGGAUGGACAGGUCAGUGGUGUAAUAACAGUACCUGUGUCUGCGUCGAUGUACCAGACAAUGGUAGCAAAUAUUCAACAUCUGCAUACAAACUCUGAUGGAACGGUAUGCGUUACUCCUGUAGUGCAAGUACCCAAGGUGGAACCAAACGGCGAUAUGGAUGGUCUCACAAGUGGUCUAAACACUCACACAAUGAUGAUCCAAGGCGCCAGCGGGGAGGGUCACCACCAAGUAUUACAAGUUUUGUCUUUAAAAGAUGCCACUGUCCUGCAAAAGGCAAUGCAAGGCAUUGCUGACGUCAAAACCGAAGAGACCAUUUUAAGCGACCAAUAAGUUUAAGAAAUUUACACAUUUUCACACUUAUCUAUUUGUAUUUUUAGGUUAAGCCCAAAAAAUUCUUUUCAAGUAUAAGAAAAAUAUAUUUUAUUGUAUUUAUUACUUUUUAUUCCAUUGACUUUUUGUUAUUGUUUUUUUUUAAUUGGCAAUUAUUUAGUGAUAUACAUAUAAAUAUUUAAUUAUUUUCAUAAAAUUUGGUAAAAUGCUGUGGUAAGAGUUUUUUGGGACCAUUAAUUAUUUGUAAAGUUUUUGUUCGAACAUUUUUGGGCAUAUAAGUAUGUCGUCCUAUUUCAUGAUAUACUGGGUUUAGGAAUUAAAAUCGAUUUUAAAUUUUGACGAUGUAUGAUAUCAAUAUCGAUGCAGAAUUUCAGCAUAAAAACAAUGAACUGUCGCUUCCGGUAUGACUGUAAGUGCCAUCAACUUCUUUAUCCAACUGUUUUCUGUCAGAACUAAAAUAAACAUUGUUUUCUGGCAUUUUGAAUCGCGAUUUUCUUGUAAACUAUUGAAGUUAGGCAUAGGAUAUCAUAAAAUAAGCUUAGAAUUUCUCUAAGAAUCCAAAAAUUUAAUAAUAUAGAGGGUUAUUCAUUUGUAUAAAGAAGUUGAUGGCGACAGACAUCAACUAAACUGCUGGAACUUCGUUACGCAUAAAGAAAUCUUUUGCCUAUUUUUGCAGUCAAAUAUCUCAGAAAGUUUACGAGAUAUUUGAUUGCGGUUUGAAGCAUAUUGGGGCGCAUUGUUUGGUGUUCAAGGUAUAUGGUAUCGUGCUGAUGAACAGAAACGUUAUAUACAACAUACAGGGUGGACAGUAAAACAGUGCAAAGUUCAACAAAUUUCAGGGCGUCGCUAUUUUUUGUCAAACAUAAUUCUGCUUUUUUUCUGGGUUUAAGAGGAAUCAGUAGUUCAAUGGUAAAAAACAACUUGAAGGGUUUUUGAAUAAAUCUCGUAGUUUUGCAGAAAUUUCAGAUUAACUGAAAAACGACUUUUGUCGCCCUGAUUCAUUGUCUCCAGUUACUCAAAACCAUUUUCUUCAUUAUUGUUGGUUCAAGGUUUCCAUCUUUUUUUGUUUUAAGAAGAUUUUAUACAGGGUGAAAAAAGUAAGUUUUUAAUAUUAAUUAUUGGGUGGACCGUAAAAAUAAUUACGCCUCAGAGUAGGUAACUAGAGAUAGUACGCGUUGUAACAUGUAACAUGUACUGCGAUUUAUAGGGAGCACAGUUUUCUGUUAAUUGAAAUGGCACCAACUUUUCUCUCUGCUUAAGGGUAAGCGCGCAUUAGCGAUUUGUUGUCGUGCGAUAAUUUUGCCGCAGUCAUGGAAUAGGAAUGGUUCUAUUUUUUAUCCGCAGCGAUUAUUUUGUCGCAGAAUGCGUGUAUCAUCGUUAAAAUAUUAAUGUUCCAUUUUAGCGACUAAACAGUCACGCGACAAUAAAAAGCUAGUGCGCGCUUACCCUUAUUGUAUAACCAUUCUAAGAACAGAACAUGAUUAGGUAUAUUAUGUUUCCUAGGUGGAAAAGCUGUUCUGUUCUCGAGACGCCGAGAUAUUUGGUGGAUUAUUAGCAUGUAUCAUGUCAGUGAUUGAUUGAUUGAUUGAUUGAUUUUCUUCAUUCUUUCAGGCAUAUGUUCAGCACUGCAGCCUUAAAGACUUAUUGUGUAUCCCUGCACAUGCUCUACUCCUCCUCAUUGACUCUGCAAGUUGGACGGUCGACCGACGCGCAAGCGGUGCCCCAAUGCGCCUUUACUGGUGAGAUUCCCUUGAACUUGGCAUCGGGUAACUCGGCGGUCACUCAUCCAACUUGCAACCCGGCCCCAUAUUGCUUGGCCGCAGAUAGCUCGUUUUUAUCGCUCUACUGCGACCCAAUAAGCCGGGUCCAUGUCAUAAGGGGGCUACUUAUACAGGGGUGUCAAAAGGUACCGGAACGGUUGAAUAAAAAGUACCGGAACGGUUGAAUCUCUUCAACCCCAGUCCCAUAGAUCCGUAAUACCUAGGAAACCAAAUACGUUAACAUACCUAUAACAACCUGAGGGCUUUAUAAGCCCAGCGGGCGUUAUGAUUUAUAACGCCUGCUUAUAAUAUCCUGAGAUGUUAUUGUUGUUGUUGUUGUUUUAUUAAUUUGCACUUUACCCUUUACCCGACCAAAAAUAAUUUUCGGUCUGGCCAUGUAGUCGAGCGCGUGAACCCACACGACCACCGUUGCCUUGCCUUAUGAGAUGUUUCUAGAUAUAUUAAUUUAUUUCGUUUCUCGGUACAGGUACAUGUCAAAAUACAAAACAAUAUUCUGUCACACAAGUUUAAUUGAUUUUGUUUGAUACUAAAUUGAUGAAAGAACAUUGUGUUGAGUAGAAAAUAAAGCAUUGUAUGCACCACGGGGAUUUUUAGAUUAUAAUGCCCUUCAGGCAAAAUAUAUCCCUUGGGCUAGUUUCUCCUUCGGGCAUUAUAAUCUACAACUUAAUCCCCUUGGUACAUAAAUAGCUAUUUUUCGUCGAUUUCAAGUGUAGAAGAGUUGAUUUUCGGUCUGUUCUCACAGAAGAAAUUAAGUGUUCUUGAACUUCGAGUAUCCCAUAAUUUGAUGGUGUGGGGAGUUAGGGAGUAUGGCACAAUUCACACAUCACAUAAUCCAGCAUAAUCGAUUAUGCUCGAUUAUCCUCGCGAAAAAUUGCCUAAUAAAUCAGAGAAAGUUUGGUACCAUAUCAAUUGACAAAGAGGACUGUGCCCUCUAUAAAUCGCAGUCAUGUUACUUGUUUGGACGCUUACCAUCUCUAGUACUAUCUUCUAUUUUUUGAGGUGCAAUUAUUUUUACGGACCACCUAGUAAUUAGUAUUAACCCUUUCCAUACGGCGGGUUUACCGAAAAUUUGUGUCCUAUAGACGGAGUUUUUGACGGCUGUCGACUAUGUGCGGCAUAGUCCGCAAUGGCUAUCGUAACUCGUUUUUUGUUUUUCGCUCUUGGAGCGUUUCUCUGACGACAUCUUGACCCAUACUGACGCGAACGCGCGAAGGUGAAGAUACAAACACUGCACUCGCCUACAAGCUCGCCUAGCCCUAGACUUGCAGGGUUGCCGGAUGUCGCAUAUGAUCGACGAUCAAAUAUCUCUCAACUUUCUGAGAUAUUUGACUUCAAAAAUAGGCAAAAAAUUUCUCUAUGCGUAUCGAAGUUCCAGCAGUUUAUAUAGAUCCUCAAACUUAAAAUCGAUUUUCAUGCCUGAGAUAGAGCUUGGUAAGUAAUCUCGUGGUCACCCAGUAUGACCAACUCCUUUUAGGUUGAGCCCAAAAAAUUCUUUUCAGUGAUAGAUAAUUAUUUUUUUUUUAAUUGGUAAUUGUUAUGUGAAAUAUACAUAUAAUUAUUAUGGAAAUUGGUUAAUUCCUGUGGUAAGAGUUUUUUGGGACUGUUAAUUAUUUGUAGAUUUUUUGUUUGUAAAUUUUUAGCCAUUUUGACAUAUACAUCCGAUUUUAUCAACUUUUUAAUGAGGUAAAAUUAUUGUAUAAUAAACACAUUGUACCUAUUUACUUUUUUUUUAGGUUUUUAAUUGAUUGAAAUUUAUUGUGGGUAUUCGCGUAGGUAUGUAUUAAAUUAGUUGAUAUAGUGGUUACACAAAUUGUUUUUAAACAUAUAAAUUGUUAGGCAAUGUACUUGGUGUUUUGACUCGCUCUGUAUAUAUAGUCCUAAUCAAAUCCAGUUACUUAUUUAUUUAAAUCAAUAGACAAAAAUCUGAGUGAGCAGAAGAUCCAUAAAAACCAACUUGCUUUACUUCCACUACAGUACAGAAAUACUCGUCUAACUCAAAUAAUUAACCGACAAUUUUUGGUUAACAAAGUAAUAGUAAACGUCAAAUCAAAUUUGUGAAUAAAUGUUGAAUUUGAGUUAGUUUGGGUUAGGUUUUCUAUAGUCAGGGUGGUAAUUUACUUUUCAAUUAUUUACCUAAAACCUAUCAUGUACAGACACUACAACUAAUCUAGAAAGCAAACAAAAACUAACUCAAAAUGUUGAAUAUUAAUUGUGGUUAAACUUGGUCCUUAGCUCAGUUCAUUGGUGAUUAGUAACUGAGAAUAUUUCUCUACAUCAACGUUUCUCAUGCAUUUUGACAGACAAUAGGAAUGAAUCAUUCAGGCCUAUGAUGUAUCAUUUUCUAUUAUUUUAACAGCAAAGAUAAGUUAUAUGGCACUGUUUAUUCUAUAAGUCAAAACAGAAAGAGGUAUGGAUGUUGAGCUAUAACAUAGCUGUUAAAAUAACAGGAGAGGAUACAUCAUACAGGCCUGAAUGCUUGACCUGUCCAGAUUUGAGAAGCAAGAACUGGCAAGCUGUGACAAUUAUUUAUAGGCUCCUCCACUAUAUGGACCUCUCUCUUGCCAAAUGUACUAGACAACAUUUAUGUUUGCUCAUAAUGUGCAAAUAUUUUAAUCUCAUAUCUUCCGCCAGUGACAUAGCAGCAUUUUAAAUCACAUGGGCGAGAAGUUUCAUCAGGUUUUCUGAUUUUUUCUCUAAGUUUAUUGCUUUUCUCUUGUUCUUUUUUUUCAAUUAUUUGUCUCUUGGGCUUCCAACUAAUUUCGCCCUUAGGUCACAUAGAUUUAUUCUCUCCUAAUUAUCGAUUGCAGACGAAGAAAUCAUAAUUAAUAAAACAAGAUCUUCAAAUGAAAUGAAAAAAACAUAUGCAUAAGUCCAUUGAUUCCUAUUCUGAAACAAUUUCAUUUUCAUCUGCUAUCCGAGUUUGCAUUUUCAAUUAAGGAGCUCACUGACACAAGAAGUUAUGAAGAAGUCUUUUGAUUUAUGCAAAAUAAAUAUUUAUUUUAUGUCCGCCAUAAACAAUUAAAAAUCUUCAACUCACCUUACAACUAGAUUGACCUUGGAACUAAAAAACUUUCCUUUUAGUGACUCAAUGUCUGGUAAAUUACAGUAUUCUUAUACUUUCUCUACAACUAGACUAAUUAGUGUAAAUGUAGUUAACUAAUUAAUUAUUAUUGUAGGUGUUUCGUAUUUGAACUGUUUCUAAGAAUAUUAUGUUUUUAUUCUUAUUGUAAAUAUUUCUUUUGGCAAUCUUCUAUUUAUGGCGAUUUAUUGCUAAGAACUAAGAAAAUUACUGAGUAGUAAAUAUUUAGGGGCAAAUUUUAUACUUUUAUAUUGACACUAUACAGUUUAGUUUUCUUCCAAAUUAAAUUAAAAUUUGAAAAAAAAAAAGAUAUUGCCGAACUAAAAAUAUUUUUGUUUUAUUUUUCACGAAUUUAACUUCUAUUUAUUUUUCGUCAUAUAAAUGUAUUACGUCUACAAAAUGAAAAUGUAACACGAAUUUUCUCAUAUUGAUUACAAUCUUUAUUUGCACUUGUUUUUUUCUUUGAAUUUGAUAGGCACUGUAAAGAUAAUAAUUUUUCACAGGGUUUAAAUGUAUGUUUAUUGAAAGUGAAGUGAAUCACUUCUAUAUAAUAUAAUACAUAAUGGUUUUUUAUAUUAGACAACGAUUUCUAAUAUAAUUUGGAUAUUUUUUUAAGUUGAUGUGCGCCUUUAACUAAAAAGUGUUAGUGAAAUUAUUGGCAAAAGUGUGGUGUACAUAAACUUGAAAUAAUUCAAUUUUGUUUUGUAAAAUGUAUUCAAUUUUAUAAACUAUGUUGAUGACUGAAAUAAUUAUUUAAAAUAACCUUUGCCUUUGCCUUUCCAAAUUGAAUAGUUUGGACUUAUUGUAAAUAUUCGACUCCAUCGCUAAUGAAUAGAAAAUAUUUUAGAAAUUAUUUUUAUAGUUAACAAGAUAAACUAUUUUCAAUUCAUAAGACAAUAAAUAUUAUGAAAUUAUGUCAAAAAGAAGGGAAUGUAUAUAUAUAUAUAUUUAAUUAUGAAACAAAACAUCUCUAGACUAUUUAAAUAACUUUGAGAUAAUGCAAAGGCAAUAAGAUUGUAAGAUAAGUUUGAAUAACGAUUUUAGUCUCAAUAUUAUUUCAUUAAAUAAAUAUUUUUUUAUUGAUAAUUAUGGGGUUGUGUAUGACACUUGUGAAACAAUAGUCUGUGUUGUUUUAUAUUGUAGUAAGUAACAUUAAUUGAUGUUUACUACCAUGUGGUUAAUAAAAGAUGCACCACUUAUAUCUACCACUAACUUUUUACUAGGACUCUUUUUUAGGUAUUCUUUCUCCUUUUUGUAAAAAUAAUAUCAAAUACCAAAGAAUAAUUAUUUAAUCAUAUUUUUUAGGAAACACCUUUUUGUUGGACUUUCUGUGCCAAUUCCUGGUUGGUUUUUUCUUAAUAUUCCAGGAGUAUCUACUACCUUUUAUUUAGAAAGAAUUAGGAACAUUUUUAUUUAAUUGUAAAUAUUUGUAUAAAUUAGCGCAGUUUCGAAAAAAAAAAUUGAACUCAACUAAUUUUAAUGAGUGUUGCACAAAAAGUCUAAAAAAUUUAAUAGGUACCUACAUAGUUUCUCUUUUUAUCAAUAAUUUGUGUGAGCAUAUUUUGCAAAACAAUAAUGGCAAUGUCCUAAUAAGUGUUGUAUUUUUAUGUAAAGACGGAAUCUAAGCAUUAGAUUAUAGAAGUAAUUUUAAAGUGUACGUAUAUCAGAAUACCCCAUGGUCAGUGAAAAAAAAAAGUAAAAUAAUUGUUUCUAAUGACUCUUAUAUUUUAUAUUUGUGAAAUAUAGGAUGUAAAUAAAUUCGA